GCGAGCGGAGCGCGGCGGCAGGUGGCGGCGGCGGCGGCGGCUCGGCCCCUUUAAGGCUCCGGCUGCCGUAACCCGAUCCCCGCCGGAGCAUCCCGCGCCCGGGAAGGGCUGUCCCGUCGCCGACGCGGCGGGGAAGGCAUGGAGGAGGAGGAGGCGGCGCCGCAGCCCCCGUAGCCCCGCUCCCAGUUUUAAGCGGAUCAGGAGAGCACAGUACUUCACGCGAUGUCCUGGUAUCAGUAGCAGCUUUACGGUGUAAUCUUGUUUGGAAAUUGAUCCAACUCAUCUCGAAAUCCAGCCUCAAAGGAAGCUGAAGAACAAUGGCUUCCUUCAGCAGCCUGACUAUUGGCAUUGCUGUUGCCAGUUUUACUGUAUUUCAGCUCCUGUUCCACUUUUUAAGUUCCUGGGCGUCAACACGAAUAACACCUGGUUUUAAGAAUCUCAGCCAAAAAAGGAAGAUCGAAUGGAAUUCAAGGACAGUGUCCACAUUCCAUGCCCUGGUGGUUGGAGGGUUUUGCCUGUAUAUUUUAUUGUACGAUGAUGCUGUUAAUGCUGACCCUCUCUGGGGUGACCCUUCAAUUGUGAAGUUGAAUAUUGCUAUUACCACAGGCUACCUCAUUUCUGAUCUGUUGCUUAUUAUUUUCUACUGGAAGGCAAUUGGUGACAAAUUUUUUGUAAUACAUCACUUGGCAGCUCUGUAUGCUUACUAUUUUGUACUGAGUGAAGGUCUGCUGGCCUAUUUUGGAAACUUCCGUCUCCUUGCAGAGUUCUCCACUCCUUUUGUCAAUCAGCGGUGGUUUUUUGAAGUACUGGGAUAUCCCAAAUCUUCAAAGGCCAACAUCAUCAAUGGUAUGCUGAUGACAGUUGUGUUCUUCGUGGUGAGGAUUGCCGUCAUGCCUGUAUAUUACAGCCAUGUCAUUUCUUCAUUUGGAACUGAAGGUUUCAGGAGAUUAGGAUUUGCAGCCCAGAGCGCCUGGAUUAUCUCAAGUGUUGUCUUGGAUAUUAUGAAUGUGAUGUGGAUGGUCAAAAUUGCAAAAGGAUGCUGCAAGGUCAUUGGUCUUAUUGGACGGGAGGAAGCGAAAACUCACAGAAAUGGAAAAUCCGCCUAGAAAUCAUACAUAAAAUGAGAUUUCUGCUAUGAAAAUAAUUUGGGUUCACUGAAACAGUGCACAUUUCUGCCAUGGAAUGCUCCUGUCAUGGAAACAAGGUAUUACCUCUGUACUGACCUUACUCUUUCCCUAGCCACACUGCCUGCACGCCCAGGGCCACGCUCGGAUCCUGCCCAGUGAGGAACAAGAGCAAAGCUCUCACAGAUGAGUUCCACAUGCCUGUUCCAAGCAGCUGCAAGCACCAGAAAUUAGAAAGGAGCAGACUGGUUACUUGCUUAUUGUCCACCAGUGUGUUCAAAGUGGUUCUCUCAGGUUUCUCCGAUUAAAAUGUUUUAUAAAUACAGUGAUUACUGACAUAUCUGUUUUUUUAGAAAAUGAAAAAUUCCCCAAACUCCUGAUAUGGUGCAAUUUUCCAGGCACGUUUCUAUGUUUUCUUCUAGGAAAAACAAUCAAGAUUUCAUUCUUGACAACUUUUUAAUUUUUGCAAGAAAAGCUAAAAAUUUGGCUUUGAUUCUAUGAAGUCUUUUACUGCUUUUUGUUCUGCCUUAUAUGAAUGCAAACCAUUUUGGGAAAUUUAUGAAAUAGUUUUAUCUAAAAUGCUGUAUUAUAAGACCACAUGAUAUUUUAAAAGCUGUUAAAAUUCUCACUUUGAUGGGAAGAAUUCCCAUUUGCUGUGCUAGGUUAAUGCAAUAGUACAUCUAAAUUCCCCAUGGAACUUUUUUUGUAAGUUAAUAUGGUAGAUGAUGUGUGGAAAUGGCAUAGUUCUUACUGAAGUGCUUUUUCCUUUGCUGCUACUACCUUUCAGAAGUGCUGCAAUUCUUCUCAGACUAUUUUUAACCAUUGGCUAUUUGGAUUCAAAGUUUAAUUGCAAAGAUAUAAAAAUCUUCUGUAUAUGUGAUGUGUAAGUAAUACUUUUUUCUUUUACCACAAAAAUGACCUAUUUGAUAGGAAGCAUUGAGGGUUUUUGUCACAUUCUCCUUGUUAAUCAAGUCAGAAAUCUGAGGUGUGACUAAGAACACUCUUUAAUUAACUGUGCCAAACUCCUCUAAAGCUCUAUGGUAAUUCUGUAGAAGGGAGAGUUGACCUCUGCAGACACAAAUUUUAUUUUUGUUUUAAACCACACAUUUGUCAAUAGAUCCUCAGUUACUCUGUCUGUGAGCUUGAAGGCUUGGAGGUCGUCAGGGAAGAAUCUCACCGUCUAGGAAUAGUCCUAAAUAUCAUUUGUGAUGGAAUUUGAGGAAAUUCUGAGUUAUCUUUUAUUUAAAAUUAUUUUGAGAGCUAUAUUUAUGUGUAGUUUUGUUUUGUUUUGCUUCUUUUAACUAGAAUUGUGACUGAUUAACUUCUGUUUUAUUGCCUUGGUGUAGGUGUGCUAAAAGCGAUCAUUUUCACUGACACUUCAGCACACAUCUAAUUAUUGUAGCAAUCUGUUAAAGCAGUUUAUUUUUAAACAGAAAGCAUAUUUACCCUGUUUUGGGUGACUAGUCCUGUUCCCUCUGACAAAGCUGGGUGACACGAGCUCUGUUCUCCACAGUCAGAGUGUGAGUGCCCCGUGCUGGCCUCCCUGGUGAGGGACUUGCCAUUCCCCUCUCCCAGAAACUGCAGGAGAGACCCAAGAGGGCUGCAUGGGCUGGAAUCUUUAACCAAGGCAGCUGCAGGGAGUUUAGUUCCCCACUGAAAAUGCUGUUCUAAAAUCGAGUAAAUUCAAACAUUUUGGAGAAGUAUGCUUCCAAAUAGAAGUCUGCUUUUCUUUUUAGGGAAGUAAGAAGAAAAAGUUGAGAAGACCAUUUGGAGCAACUCUUAGGGUUGAUAAUUCAUGAAAAGUUUCUGAAAUUUAUAAUUUCUUGCAUUGAUUUUAAUAUUUCAGUAUUUUAAAUAUUUUGUUCUCAGUGGAGGCCAUUCAUUAAAAUGAUCUACUUCUUCCACUUCUAGAUAGACUUGUGUUUGAUAGGGGGGAAAAAAAAAGUAAGUCAAGCUAUAAUAAAAUUGAUGUUAAAACUAGAUUUAGAAACAAAAAAACAAUCCAAAAUUCUGCAUACUACACUUUGGCUAACUACCCAGGAUUGGAGGGCGGUAGGAUAAUUCUUUUAGAACAGCUAGUAUUUUGGAUUGCUGCACAAAAUGAAAAAUCUAUUUUGUAAUGCAUUAGCUUUAAAUUUUAUGAUUAAAAAAAAGUUAUUACAGUUACUACAGUCCUGAUUCAUCAGAAGAAAGUUUUCUUAUGAAAAAAACUAUUAACAGUUGUGGUUUCAACAAAGACUUUAGUAAAUGGGCAGCAAAGUUGUGAUGUACUGAAUACAGUAGUACAUAGGGCACUUUUUAGCUGCCAUUAAAAGCUUAUAAUACAGCAAAUUAGAUAGCUGUGGCACCCAUUUUUUAAUUGCACUUUAUUAAUUUUUAAAAUAUGGUGAAAUAUUGAUAAAAUUUAAUGUUGUAAGCUUGUGUCGUUGCUUUUUUAUGCAAAAAGUAAAUGCAUGAUAAUUAGCAUCAUAACAAAUGCUUUUGAAUGUAAUAUCUUAUUAGUGGCUUAAAACUUCUAUUUUUAAGAGAUGCAUUGUAAAAGCAGACUCUUGGCAUGUCACCAGGUGUCUUUUCUGUGGGCAUAUCAAAUGGAAGGAGUGACUCUUGUGAAAAAUAGCUUGUUUUUCUUUUCUUUUCCAUUCUUCAAUACCAGGUGACAUAAAAUUAACUUGCUGAUCAUGGGAGAGACUAUUUGUACUGGUUAGGCUGUGUGUAGGAAUACAAGUUUCCCUUUUUAUGGCUUUAAUUUUUCAUCAAAAGAUAAGUAAAUACCACUUUCAGAACUCUACAGGAGAAUGGUAGGUCAGGUCUUCUGUAACUGAUUUGUGGAAUCAGUGCUUGCAGAGAGAGGAAGUAUACUUCAAAUACUUAUUUUCUCAGAGAAUGUUUCAGUGGAUUUCAGUGGAGAGUCUCACACAACAAGGAUGCUGUGUGGGUUAUCUGUGUAAAUUCUUCAGUGGUAAGAAUUACAUCUCUGAAGCCUACUCUACCUCUGUAAGUACAUGCUAUCUUGAGUGAGCUCCAUAAUUUAAUAACUUAAUUUUAUUAAAAAUAUAAUUAAUUAUAUUCAUUAAUAAUGAAAUAUAUGCAUAGGAAAAUGAGGGGAGCUGACUUGAUAUAUAAAUUCUUAACAAUUCCAAAUUUUGUACUAAAGUUUUAAGAGUUAAAUUAGUUGCAGUGUUUGGAGGAUAAUAACUUCCAUCUUUACUUUAAAAUAUUGUGAGAGAAGAUUACUCAUAUUGCAGAACUAACAACCUAAGGGUAAAAGCUUACACAAGUGAGCAAAUGCAUUCAAGUAGGUUUAAAGAGGAGAGGAGGAGGAGACUUUGAGUACACACAGAGAUCCAGAUGUCUUCCUACUGCUGUGGUUGGGACAACAGCAGACUGAUACGUAGCAGAAAGGUUUAGGUGUUUGUGUCUCUGUUCUUCAUGGAAAAUGAAAUUUUAUUCUUUAAAUUUUUCAAGCUGCAUAAAAUGGAAUACCAAUUGUUGAUUACUGUAUGAAGAGGAUUUUUUUUCAUGGCCUUGAGUGUGUUUAAGCAUAUUUAUGUACAAGCUUUCUGUAAAAGACAUUUAAUAGAAAAGUUUGAAAAUUUGUUUUGUGAUGCUUCUGCUGAGCCAUUCAGAGGAAAAUAAAGGGCUGCUUGACAAUUACUUCAACUUAGGGUCUGGUGUAGUGUUGGAUGCUGCUGAAAGCCAUGAAUAAAACAAAUAGAAAGGGACAGGAAUUUUCAGAUGAAAAUUGCAAGUGUAGAAGACUUUGAAAAGUAUUGCAAGCCCCUUUCAUAUAUUAAGUCUACUGUACAGCAGCAUUAUCUGGCUACAAGGAACUCCACGAGGGAAUGUUCGUUCCUGGUCAGAUUUCUCUGUCUAUGGAAUACAGGCAGAAAAAGCACAGUACUUCAUUGCUGGUACCCUGAUUGACAUUAGUCAGAUGGAAAUAGUGAUAAUAUUUAUGAACUUUUAACAGUCAUCCACACCUGGAUAAAAUGUGUUAGACAGGAUUUUCUGAAAGCAACUUGAAAGUUGUUUUUAUGGCAGAGAAGAUGAAAUAUGUGCUGCCUGGGUUGUUUAGAGAUCUGGGAUAAAGCAUCAAAUCAUACUUUUGGAUGGUAACACUUGGUAAGGUUUCUUAUCCAUUAAAAAUUUCUACUAGCUACCUCCUUUGAAAGUCUUGUUCUAUUUAUAAUAACCAAGCACUUUAUAGCUCAGUAAAGAAUGGAAGGUAGCUAUGAAGAAUAAAUUGUAUUGUUUGGUACAAGAAAUAUUUUGGCAAAAUUUCUUCUGAGAACAGUUUUGUUGUGUGAUGUCUUGCACUGAGGGGGCAUCUGUUUAAUACAAAAUCUAUACAUUUUUUAAACUGGUUGUAAGUAAAAGAAGUGUCUUUAAGAGAGUGAAGUAUGAAGAGAUCAGCAUGGCUUCGUAUCAACCACAUAAUGAUUGUGUGCUAUUUAGAACUUCCUACUUACUGAAAUUGAAAGUAUAAAAGCAAAUAAAAUAUUCUGUAUUGUAUCUUUAUUUUUAAUCUUUGUGGGUUGUCAAACAUUGUACUUGUCUUGUGGACAGGACAUGCUUUUAUGAGCCUAUGAAUAUUUAAGUAUAUGAGAAGCUGCACCCAAAUGGAACAUGUUGCAUGUAAAUUGUCUUCUAUGUUUUUAAAUUCUGGUAUUUUUAAAAUUUUGCUAGGUUUGAAAGCAACAUUUAAAUAUGAAUACUAAGCUGUAAUACAGAAUACAAAAUUUUGAAUGCAAUGUGGUUUUGUUUAUAGUAAUCCUAUUCCAGUUUCACGAGAAAAAUCCAUCAAAUCAUAGGGGGAAGGGAGGAAAAGGGCUAAUCAUGAGCUUGCCAUAUAAUUUGCACACUUAAUAUGCACACAUCCAAAUAUCCCGGAUUUGUUUCUAGCAUGCAUUUACCAAACAGUGUUUUCUUCAGUAUUGACACAUACCUAUUUAUGUAGAAUAAGCACAGCUAACCUGUUAUAAAAUCAAAUUAGAAAACCUGUUUGGAACAAAUGAGUUACAAGUUAGGCAUAAGUAAUGGAGCCUGUAAUUUGAAAUGUUUAUAGUUUCUUCUGUCUAAGAAGAAACUUGAUGAGUUUAUCUUAUGUGCAGAGCAAGGACAAAAAUGGUAGAUUCUGCUAGACUGAUUUCUGGUAAAUCUUGACAAUCUGGUUUGCAGUAAAAAUUCAAAUACUGUCACAAAAUGUCAGGAUUACAUUAUUAAAUUCAACUAGUAAUGUGACCUGAUUGGAGUAGCAAUCCUUAUGAUGGCACAAGAACUUAAAAAUGCAAUAUAACAAUUCUGAAGAUUGGUGAUAAAAGUAAUCCAUCAUAGUAAGGUGAAUUAAGUAUUAUGGGUUUAAAUUUACUUUUUAUUAUAAGAAAGAAUCUGAAUUAUUUGUUAGCAUUUCAGUGAUAUUGUAAAGCAUUUCUGUAUUUUGUUUGAACAGUUUAGGAGCUUGCAUAAAAUUAUAUUGGCUGAUUUUUUUUCCCUUUGAUAUAUGCAAUAAUGUCAAUAAGCAAUAAAUUGCAUGUUGUAUGCAAGGUAUUGGUGCAUCAUAAUAAAGGAAAGGAACACA